AUGGUGGCCACGCUUGAUGUCCCCCCCUGUGCUACCACAUCCCCAUGGCUACUCCCCCCCUGUCCCUGUCACCCCUGGGGAGCCCCUGGGGGACUCUGGCAGGGCAGAGGGUCCACCCUGAGCGCUGUGUCCCAACAGAAGCAGGAUGCGGAUGACGAGGAGGAGCUGGAGAUCGCCGUGGACAACACGGCCUUCAUGGAUGAGUUCUUCGCGGAGAUUGAGGAGACCCGGCAGAACAUCGACAAGAUCUCAGAGAACGUGGAGGAAGCCAAGAAGCUCUACAGCAUCAUCCUCUCGGCCCCUAUCCCAGAGCAGAAGACCAAAGAUGACCUGGAGCAGCUGACGGCAGAGAUCAAGAAAAUGGCCAACAGUGUCCGUAACAAGCUGAAGAGUAUGGAGAGGAACAUCGAGCAGGAUGAGGCACGAUCCUCCGCCGACCUUCGGAUACGCAAGUCCCAGCACUCAGUCCUGUCCCGCAAGUUCGUGGACGUCAUGACCAAGUACAACGAGGCGCAGGUGGAUUUCCGGGAGCGGAGCAAGGGCCGGAUCCAGCGCCAGCUGGAAAUCACCGGCAAGAACACGACAGACGAGGAGCUGGAGGAGAUGCUGGAGAGUGGGAACCCCUCCAUCUUCACCUCGGGGAUCAUGGACUCGCAGAUCUCGAAGCAGGCGCUGAGCGAGAUCGAGGGGCGGCACAAGGACAUCGUGCGCCUGGAGAGCAGCAUCAAGGAGCUCCACGAUAUGUUCGUGGACAUCGCCAUGCUGGUGGAGAACCAGGGAGCCAUGAUCGACCGCAUAGAGAACAACAUGGACCAGUCCGUUGGGUUCGUGGAACGGGCCGUGGCUGACACCAAAAAGGCUGUGAAGUACCAAAGUGAGGCCAGGAGGAAGAAGAUCAUGAUCAUGUUGUGCUGCAUCAUCCUCGCCAUCAUCCUGGCAUCCAGCAUCGGGAGCAUCUUCGCCUGAGCUCCUCACCCGCUGCCCUCCAGGUGGCCUUUCCCCCUCCUGUCCCCCUGCCCGGAUGAUCCAUCGGAGAGAUCCCGGCCAAGCCCUGAUCCCCGAGGACAUCCCACGUGUCCCUGGAGGAGUGGAGCCCUCCCACUGCACCCCCCACUCCCCUCCCAGCACCAAGGUCUCCUCUCUCCUCCUCCUCCUCCUCCACUCGGGUGACAGUCGGUGGCCGCUGUGACAAGCAGCCCCUCCUCGGUGGCACGGAGCGGCCGGAGGGGCCGUGUCCCUCUCGGGAGGGGGACACAGGGCUCUGCCUUGCCGGGGAGGCCGGAGGAGCCUCUCCCUGUGCUUGGAGCUCCUUGGAUGUGCAGCCACCCAUGCUGGAGCCUUCCUCCUCA